UUCUGCAUGCGUUGCGGGCCGUUUAUUUUGUAAAAGCUAUAGAUGACUUGCCAUGUUCUGCAAAUACAAAUUUUGCCAAACAUCACAGUCUCCUCUUUUUCUUUCAGACGCGAGAUAAACAUCAUCCGUACGAAGUGUGCCAUUUUAGCAAGUCUUGCUGCUUUGGAGUACACUUCAGUACUAGUGGCCACCUUGGUAUCAAUCAUUGCUCUUGUGUUAUCUGGUCAACCCCUCACACCAGUUAAUGCUUUUAUGCUCCUUGCUUUUCUGGGUAUGCUAAGAUUAGCCAUUUGUUUUCACUUAGCCUUUGGUUUCUUGGAGAUACGCGACGCAUAUGUUUCUCUAGGUAGAAUUCAAGAUUUUCUUUCGUCAGAAAAUCUAUCGACGAUUCCUUCGAUCCCUGAAGCAAAGCGUUCAGAAAACACAAGUGAAACGGCGUUGAAAGAUACUAGCACACAGGCACUUCUAUGUGUGUCGCAUUUGACGUAUAAAGGAUUAAAUAGAAAAGAUGAAUUUAUCCUGCAAGAUAUCGAAUUAACUACAACUUCAGGAAGUUUGACGGUAGUGACUGGACCAGUUGGCAGUGGAAAAUCUACUCUUCUCUCCGCAAUCGCUGGAGAGAUCUCUGACACAAGCGGAAUAACCCGCCCAGAGACCAUUGCCUAUGUGCCACAAGUAGCUUGGGUCUUCUCUGGAACUCUAAGAGAAAACAUUUUGUUUGGUCAACCAUACGAUGAACACAGGUAUACCAGAAUAAUCAAAGCAUGCGCCCUCAUGGAAGAUAUCCAGCAGUUUCCCAAUGGCGACGAAACCAUUGUUGGCGAACGCGGUGUCGUUCUGAGUGGAGGCCAGCGGGCAAGAGUAAGCUUAGCACGUGCAGUGUACGUCGAUGCAGAUCUUUACUUGUUGGACGAUCCUCUGAGUGCGGUAGAUGUUAAAGUUGGCCAACAAAUCUUUGAAAAAUGUAUCAAAGACCUACUGGGUAAUAAAACACGACUGUUGACCACUCAUCAAGAACAGCACAUGAAAGAAGCUCAUCAAGUGAUCGUGCUGUAUAAAGGUCGUGUAUUGAGCAAGGGUAAAUUCACUGAGCUACAAGAAAAAGGCAUUUUAAAUCAAACGCUUGACCCACUCUACCAGAAGGUUGCAAACGAUGAUAACUCAGGAAACAAUGCUGUUGAGGAGAAUAAAGGGGAAGGUGAAAGAAUGGUACCUGGAAUACCCAGUGACGCCAAGGGUUUGGAAAUCUCUGUAGAAGAUCGCACAAUCGGAGUAGUGUCAAGUAAGCUAUAUUGGAACUACUUCAGAAGUGGAGUACCUGCCUCAGUGAUCAUCGCAUUGGUUUGUUUUUGUCUAAUCACGCAAGCAAUGAUAUUAGCUCCUGAUGUGUGGCUGUCGUUUUUGACCAAGAAACUUCCAACAGAACAGCAGGACAAGACAAACUUGGCUAUUUAUGGCUGUCUUGUUGGGGCAGCCAUUAUAUUUGCAAUGAUUCGUGCAUACGCAUUCCUCUUGGUUUGUGGAAGAUGUUCUAAGCGUCUUCAUGACAAAAUGGUUGCGGCUAUUUUACAAGCGCCAGUUCUGUUCUUUGAUUCGAAUCCUGCGGGACGAAUCCUGAAUCGAUUUUCUAAAGAUGUGGGCUGUAUGGACGAACUGUUGCCACUAAGAUUUCUGUUUUCAAUCCAGUUGGUAUUGCUGUUGUUUACAUCCGUCAUCGUGCCAUCUGUCGCAAAUCCUUGGCUUCUGUUUGCUACUGUUCCGUUGACUGUGUUGGUCCUCUACAUCUCCAAGUACUACUUGAAGACUUCCAGAGAACUGAAACGAUUAGAGUCCAUAUGCCGCAGCCCAGUCUUCUCUCACAUUUCGGAGACUCUGAAUGGCCUGGACACGAUUCGAACAAGAAGGAGACAAAGAGAUUUCGUGGAUCAAUUUAACAGAUAUCAAGAUAUUCAUAACAAGUCAUAUAUUAUGGUGUUCGCCAGUGGUAGAUGGCUUGGGGUUCGCAUGGAGAUUAUCACCUCUCUGUUAAUUGGUACAGUGGCCCUAGCGGCAGUUUUGGCGUCACAAGAUGCCGGUAAGUAUAUCUUAUUUUAGUAUAAAUCUACUAGCGUUCUAUCACAAAUGCCGUUCUCUGAUUGGCUACCCUACUCA